GGUGAUGAGCCAGGUGAGCGUAGUUAUAGAACAUUUUUCUUGGAGCGUAGAAACAGGGACAUUAUGAAAAGGCAGCGCCGUCAAGUUUUAUUCAGCGGAAUUAUCACUGCCAUUGGUAUUAGCUUACAUAAUUUUCCUGAAGGAAUGGCAGUGUUCCUUGGGUCUGUGAAGGGUCUUCAGGUUGGUCUUAACCUUGCAUUAGCCAUUGCUAUGCACAAUAUCCCAAAGGGUAUUGCUAUUGCACUUCCUGUUUAUUUUGCAACAGAAAGAUUGCAUUAAACAUAAUACCCAGUUGGUGGAGUAAUGGCAUUUCUAACACUUCAUGAAAUGCUGCCAUUGGCUUUUGAUUAUGCUGGACAAAAAUGUUUAAAGUGGUAUUAGUUUUGAGAUUCAAGAAAACACGGGACAAGCACUGUGCACUACUGCUGUUGUUAUCAGAGGAAAGAGUUUAGCAUAUUAAAUAUCUAAAAAAAUGGUAUUAGUUUUUGUUCCUUUUUAUCUACUUAUCUUGUAGAGAUUAGGUUGUAAUGUGUAUUUCUGACUUACCAAACUGCUGGUGUAGUAUUAAGUUAUGGUUAUAUAUACUUGUGUAGUUAUGGUUGAUUUCUGUGCUUAGUAAUGUGGCUAGUUAUGUAC